AUGUUCUUUGACAACUGUACCAUACCAUGGUUCGGACCUAACUGUCGUUUUACAUUCGAUUCAAUUACAGAAAAAUCAUUUAAUGAAUUUGUUACAAUCUAUUUUCAUUCGAAACCACAAAUUAAGACUGGUGCGAAAAUAACUUGUUAUAAAUAUCUUCCUACUUGUGAAACAUCAUUAUUAUGUUUGGAUUGGCGUGAAAUUUGUGACAGAAAAAUCGAUUGUCUUGAUGGAUCAGACGAAUUUCAUUGUUGGCAACUUGAACUGAAUGAAUGUACUGAUAAUGAAUAUCGAUGUCAUAAUGGUCAAUGUAUUCCAAUAGAAUUUUUUCAUGAUAUUUCACUCAAUCCAGAUUGUUUAGAUCGAACAGAUGAGCCUAGAGUUGCGUAUUAUCCUGAUCUUUGUCACCGUGAUCCUACUUUUCGAUGUGAAGAACAUACAUGUCGACCCGGAAUCUAUGAAUUUCCAUGUGGUGAUGGACAAUGUUCAACAAAAUUCGAUUUAACAUGUCAGAAUGGUCGUGAUAAUAAUCUGGUUAAUAAUUCAUGUUCAAAUGCUGCUCAUUGUCGUAUAGAAUUUUAUAAUUCCUAUGACAAUAUGUGGUGUCAAGAAUUUUGUAGUGAAAUCGAUUGUGUCGAAGAAUAUUGUUCACCAUUAUUGAAUUUUUCUACUCUAAGUUUAUUUAGACAUGUUCAACUUUUGUUCAAUAGUAGUCAAUUUACUAUAGAACCCCAUCAUAUCUCAUUACCUAUUUAUGUAUGCUAUGAUGAAAAACUUUGUCGAGAUUUUCUUCCAGCUACAAUCGAUUUGAACAGUUCAUCUUGUCGUUAUUUUCAUGAAUUAGAAUUUAAUAAAGUGAACACAUUUUUUUCGCUCUUGGAAAAUAUUAAUAAUCUAUUUCGCACAUGUUUAAUAGUACUAAAUGAAACACAUUAUUGCAAUCAUUCAAAUAUGUAUCAAUGUAAAAAUUCAACAAAAUGUAUUUCAAAAUAUCGUCUACUUGAUAGAAUUCAAGAUUGUCCAUUAAAUGAUGAUGAAACAUUUACUGAAAAUUGCUCUUUGCCUGAUGUUGGUCGUCGUUUUUCGUGUUCCAUUGAAUCCUAUAGAACAUGUUUAGCACCAUUAAUCAUAAAAAAUGGAAAAAUAGAUUGUGAUAAUGGUGAAGACGAACGUGGACAUGAAGAAAAAUUAAUAGAAAAACAUAUUUAUUUUCAAACAAUAUGCGAUGGUAAAAUAGACUUAUUACCAGUACUUAUCGAUGGACAAUAUCAAACUGAUGAAACAGAAUGUGAUUCUUGGUUAUGCAACAAUACCUAUAGUAGAUGUGAUCGAUUUUGGUUGUGUAAAAAUGGUGCUGAUGAAAUCAAUUGUCCAUCUUCUAAUUGUUCUGAAUAUGAACAUAGUUGUGUCUUUCCAAAUGAUACAUCUAAAGUAUCAUGUUUACCAAUCCAUCAGGUGGAUGAUAAUAUUAUUCAUUGUAUAGGUGCGACAGAUGAAAGAUAUCUUAAUAUAUACGAUGAUGUGUGUAGUUUCCAGUAUCUGUUCAAAUGUUGGAAUGAUUCAAAGUUUAUUAAAGCAGACGAGUUUUGUGAUCGAAAUACACAAUGCCCAUUUGGUGACGAUGAAACAUUUUGUACGCCCCAUAGAAAUUUUACUCGUUUAAUUUGUUAUGGUUUGGAAUCAUUCCUUCGAAAUAAAGUCGAAAGUUUCUUUUGUUAUAAUUUUGAGAUUGUGAAACGAUCAAACGCCACCUACUUCAAACUAGUUAGCAUGCCGAUUUAUUCAAAACAAUCCAUAACGGAUCGAGUUUCAUCAGAACCAUCUAUGCAAACAACAACACAAUCAGUUCGAACUGAUCCAUUAGUCAGUCUUAGUCUAGUGGAUAAAUGGCAAUGUAAUCGUGGACUUCCAAUACGUAUUAGAAUGGAUGAUAUUGAUAAUAAAACGUAUUGUUUUUGUCCACCGAGUUACUAUGGAAACUUAUGUCAAUAUCAAAAUCAACGUGUUAGUCUUACAAUUCAAGUACGAGCUACAUCAGAUUGGCGUCAAGUAUUUAGUUUUAUUAUAAUUCUAAUUGAUGAUAAUGAAAUCAUUCAAUCACAUGAUCAUAUUGAAUAUUUACCUAUUCGAGAUUGUGAUACGAAAUUUAAUGUCUAUUUAUUAUAUUCAACUCGACCAAAAAAUAUAUCAAAAAAUUACUUUAUUCGAAUUCAUGCAUACAAUAAAUUAUCAUUAAAAUAUCGAGCUAGUUGGAUUUUUCCACUUGAAUUUUCAUUUCUACCAGUUCAUCGUCUAUCGGUUCUACUCAUAGUACCCAUUUUAGAUGUCGAACCAAUUCAAACAUGUACACAAUCAUGUAUUCAUGGUCAAUGCUACAAUUAUAUCAAUGAUCAAAAUUCAAAAUUUUGUCGAUGUAACUCGGGAUGGUCAGGUGUUCAAUGUAAUAUAGAAUACAAGUGUGAUUGUGCAAAUAAUUCACUUUGUAUUGAUAGAUCUAUUUGUGUUUGUCCUCUUGGACGAUUUGGUUCUCGAUGUUAUCUAUAUCAAUCGUCAUGCCAAUUGAAACCAUGUAUCAAUAAUGGUCAAUGUGUACCUAGUGAUGAGCGUUAUAUAUCAACACAAAUAAACAAAUCUAUGUGUAUUUGUUCUGAAGAAUAUUUUGGUAAUCAAUGUGAACAUCAACAGACUCGAAUUGAUAUUUCAUUUCAUAAUGAAUUAAUAAGUCCAUCAUCAUUACUUGUGCAUUUCAUCACAGUUUCAAAUCAAGCACAUCCAAUCCGAUCAAGUAUAAUGAAAAAAAUUUCAUGGGAUCAACAUACAGUGACACUUUAUACAUUAAUUCAAUUUCAUAUCGCUUUUGCAGAAAUAUUCAAUAAUUAUUAUUUAAUUAUUCUCAGAGAACAAAUCAUUGUUUCAGCCGUUAUAUCUACGCAAAUUAUGCCAUCUCAUCGAUGUCUCUCUAUUCAUGAAUUAUUUAAUAAAACACUUGUUAAUCAACAUUUAUUACGACGCAUUAAAUACUAUCAUAUUCCAUGUCAAACGCAACUUGAUCUUGUUUGUUUCUAUGACGAUAUUCAUUUGUGUUUAUGCGAUGUUUUUCGACGAAGUAAUUGUUUCGAAUUCGAUCAUAAUAUGACUUAUGAUUGUCGAGGAUAUAAUUUAUGUGAAAAUGGAGGUCAUUGUUUUUCAGAUGUUCCAAAAUGUCCAACAUCGACAGUGUGCGUUUGUCAAGAUUGUUAUUAUGGUUCAAGAUGUCAAUUUUCAACUAAAGGAUCAAUUCUUUCAUUAGAUACAAUAUUUGGAUAUCAAAUUCGUCCUAAUGUUAACAUUAGUAGACAACCAUACGUUGUCAAAAUCGUACUUGCUGCAACCGUGUUCAUAUUCAUAUUAGGUAUCAUAAAUAGUCUUCUCUCAUUUCUAACUUUUCAAAGAAAAAAUUCUCGAACUGUUGGCUGUGGUAUCUAUUUAUUUGUAUCCUCCAUCACAUCAAUAAUUAUGUUGUGUAUAUUAAUAUUUAAAGUCUGGUUGCUCUUAAUGUUACAAAUUGGUUCAAUAAAAAAUCGUAUGUUCAUGUAUAUUCAAUGUAUGUGUAUUGAUUUUCUUCUUCGAUGUCUACUCAGCAUUAAUGAUUGGCUAUGUGCUUGGAUAGCUGUUGAACGAGCAGUAAAUAUUUUUCAAGGAAUUCAUUUCAAUAAAGUCAAAAGUAAACAAAAUGCUAAAUGGAUAAUUUGGAUUACUUUUCUGUUCAAUAUUAUUUCACAUAUACAUGAUCCAAUGCAUCGCUAUCUUGUCGAUGAUCUAGACGAACAACGUACAUGGUGUAUGACUAAAUUUUCAUCUUUAUUACAAAUGUAUGACUGGUACAUGAAUAUUUUUCAUUUUUCUAUUCCAUUCUCGAUUAAUUUUAUAUCAACAAUAAUUAUUAUUAUAUUUUCAACUCGUAUUCGUUCGGCUACUCAACAAAAACACACCUACAUACAACUUUUACGUGAACAAAUCCAACAAUAUAAACAUUUAAUUAUUUCACCAUCUAUACUUGUUCUAAUUGGUGUACCACGUCUAAUUAUUUCAUUUUUAUUUGGAUGUAUGAAAACAGCUCGAAAUUCUUGGUUCUAUUUAAUUGGAUAUCUUAUAUCGUUCAUUCCGACAAUGUUAACAUUUUUCUUAUUUGUUCUACCAUCGGAAAUAUACAAGAAAGAAUUAAUUAACUCAAUCAAACACUUCUGGUCAUGA